CUUGCCCAUCAUUGGAUUUCGAUUUGGAACCCUUUUUGGCCAUCUAGGAACGAGAACGAGAUCGAGAACGAGAAUCGAUCCGUAAUCUCUGAAUUGCAUUCUUCCGUUAGUCGGUCCCAAGUUUGUUUCGGAGAGCGCAGCGAGACUAGCAUCUUUUUCGUGGCAGAAAUCGAAUCGAAUCGAAUUGCAUCGCAUCGCAUCGCAUCGCAUCGAAUCGACUAUACAUUCCAACCACAUACCACGCAACACCAAACAACGCAACGUUACGCGACGCAACGCACCAAUCACCAUGAGCAGCACUACCGCAAGCGGCGCCGACGCCUUCAAGAUCGGGAUUGCCUUUGUCAAGCAAUACUACAAAACACUGAGCUCCCAGCCGGACCUCCUGGAGAAGUUCUACUCCCAGGCCUCGGACGCCUACCUGAGCCACGGGGAGGGAUCCGAACCGACCAGACCCAUCCCCCCGGCGGGGACGGACCACAAGGCAACAAUCUGGGGCUGUUCCUCGGACGAGACCAUGCUCUUCGAGUUCGAGGACGGGGCCAUCGACGCCCAGCCCUCGGCCAACGAGGGGAUUCUGCUGGUGGUGACGGCCUCGGUCAUUUUUACGGUGCAGACCACGGGGGCGGAGCGCCGCAGGAAGUUCGUCCAGACCUUUUUCCUGGCCAAGACCGGCCGCGUCUUUGCCGUCCUCAACGACAUUCUCCGCUUCCUGGCCUCGGUGCCGGAGGAGGGACCGUCCGGGGAGCCGGUUGCCGGAGGGGCUUCUGCCUCCCCGGAGGCCGUCCCGGAGGCCCCGGUGUGUGCUCCGAAGGAGGUCCCGGAGAAGCCCGGAUCGGCCCUGGUCGUUGAGGAGAAGAAGUCCGAGGCCGCCGAGGAAAAGGCGGCUGCAGCCGAGGGUUCCGCGGGCGACAGCACGGGAGACGAGUCGAGCGCCCCCGGCGGGGGCGUCGAGGAGUCGAAGGAGGAGGCCCCGGACGAGGAGGAAGCCCCGAAGGCGGCACCCUCGGACGGAGGCAAGAAGCGCUCGUCCUCGAAGGAAGGAAAGGGAAAAAAGAACAAGGGUGGCAAGCAGCAGCAACAGCAGCAGCAAAAGCAACAACCAGCGGCCUCCAAGCCGACCCCCGGGUCCUGGGCCAGCCUGGUGGUGUCCGGGGGAAGCGCCCCCAACACCCCCAGCCGUGGCGCCGUCCAGGAAAAGAAGGCGGCGGCCGGUGCCACCGGCAAGGGAUCUUCCAAGCAACAACCCCUUCCUCCCUCGGACAAGAAGGAGGCCGGAAAGCCAAAAGAAAACGGAGAGUCUGCGGCAGGGGCAACCGAAGAAAAGGGCCCGGAGAAGGACAAAAGCAGCAGGACGCCGAACCCCAACGCCAACGCCAACACAAAACACAACGCGAACGCGGCCUCCGCGAAAGACCAAAAACCGAACAAGGUCAAGGACAACUCCACCGGCAAGGACCAGCGCACCAAGCGGGAUCCCGACAACACCCUGGUCAUCAAGAACCUCAGCGACAGCGUCAAGGAGCAGGACAUUAUCAACAUGUUCCAGCCCUUUGCCACCCUGACGAAAGCGAAAAUCGUGGGAACCAACGUCAACUACCACCGCAACCUGGCCUUUGUGGACUACGACUCCGUCGCCCCGGUCCUGGCCGCCCUCAAAAAGCACAAGGAAACCCCCUUUGAAUGGAACGGACGGGUCCUGGACGUCGACCAGAAAACACAGGAGCAACGGGCGAGGCGCAAGGCCGGAGGAAACAACCAAAACAGCAACAAUACCAACGGAUACAGGACCGCAGGAGGACGCGGCAGCGGUGGAGACAAAUUCAACAACAACAACAACAACAACAGCAACAACAACAGCAACAACAACAAAGCAGGCGGCAACGGCGGCGAUCGAAACGGGCGGCGACGAGGAAGCCGGGCCGGGCGAUAAGUCAUUCGUUCCUUCGUGAAUUCGAUUCGAUUCGAUUCAAUUCGGUUUGAUUCCUGCGAGCGAGAUGGAAGAAAGGAAUGAAAGAUAGAAACGAGCGAGCGAGCGAACGAACGACAAUUACUAUUACCGCUAGAUGAUUAAAACACUACUUGAAACCACUAACAAAAUACAAAAUAAAGAAAACACAUACCGCAAAACAGAGAAAGGAACCACAAAGACCAAAAUUUUUUUUCUCUGUAGGAUGGAUGUGGGAAGGAUCAGACCGGAAUCGGACGACGAGCUUCACUGCCAUGGAUUCUUCUCUCUCUUGGUGACGCUUUGCCGCACGGUAACAUAUGCUAGCAACAACCUUUUGUUCUAUCCAAGACUGUUGUACUAGUAAGAAAUGCUUUCUGAGAGA